GUGACUUAGCAUCAUGUUCUGAAAUGGUUAAGUACUGUUUCACAUCUUCAGCUGCCUCUUCAGAAAUCACAGGUGGUGAUCUUUUAGGUCUGAGUGGAAGCUUGGACCCAUCAUGUGGAAACCAAGGGGAAGCUGAAGCCUGAUUAACUUCGUCAGUGCCACAGGAAGAAACAAGAGACAGAAGGAAAAAGCACUUUGGAUGCCCGCUGUAAUUCACAGAGAUCUCCACGGUAGGAGCGGGACGUCAGCUUCUGCGGCUAAAAUCUCGUGACUGAAGCAGCACAGAUCAGAAAGAAUGAUUUACCAGCAGCUGCAGACUACAUAAUGAAAAAUAACAAAAGUGCCCAUGCGCGAGGCUGUGCAACUAACCACCCGACGACUGCGGGGAGGAGGAGUAAGAGUCGGCUAAGCGGCGCCCAGUGUCCUACUGCGCCUGUGCGCCGGUGGCGUGCGCAGAGGCCUCUGGGUAGGUGGCUCAACCCCGCCUCUCAGUUGAGGACUCUGAAGGCUUUUUCUGUGGCGCUACCCCUGCGAGGAUGGCUACCCUGGUUGUAAACAAGCUUGGAGCGGGAGUAGACAGUGGCCGGCAGGGCAGCCGGGGGACAGCUGUAGUGAAGGUGCUAGAGUGUGGAGUUUGUGAAGACGUCUUUUCUUUGCAAGGAGACAAAGUUCCCCGUCUUUUGCUUUGUGGCCAUACCGUCUGUCAUGACUGUCUCACUCGCUUACCUCUUCAUGGAAGAGCAAUCCGUUGCCCAUUUGAUCGACAAGUAACAGACCUAGGUGAUUCAGGUGUCUGGGGAUUGAAAAAAAAUUUUGCUUUAUUGGAGCUUUUGGAACGACUGCAGAAUGGGCCUAUUGGUCAGUAUGGAGCUGCAGAAGAAUCCAUUGGGAUAUCUGGAGAGAGCAUCAUUCGUUGUGAUGAAGAUGAAGCUCACCUUGCCUCUGUAUAUUGCACUGUGUGUGCAACUCAUUUGUGCUCUGAGUGUUCUCAAGUUACUCAUUCUACAAAGACAUUAGCAAAGCACAGGCGAGUUCCUCUAGCUGAUAAACCUCAUGAGAAAACCAUGUGCUCUCAGCACCAGGUGCAUGCCAUUGAGUUUGUUUGCUUGGAAGAAGGUUGUCAAACUAGCCCACUCAUGUGCUGUGUCUGCAAAGAAUAUGGAAAACACCAAGGUCACAAGCAUUCAGUAUUGGAACCAGAAGCUAAUCAGAUCCGAGCAUCAAUUUUAGAUAUGGCUCACUGCAUACGGACCUUCACAGAGGAAAUCUCAGAUUAUUCCAGAAAAUUAGUUGGAAUUGUGCAACACAUUGAAGGAGGAGAACAAAUCGUGGAAGAUGGAAUUGGAAUGGCUCACACAGAACAUGUACCAGGGACUGCAGAGAAUGCCCGGUCAUGUAUUCGAGCUUAUUUUUAUGAUCUACAUGAAACUCUGUGUCGUCAAGAAGAAAUGGCUCUAAGUGUUGUUGAUGCUCAUGUUCGUGAAAAAUUGAUUUGGCUCAGGCAGCAACAAGAAGAUAUGACUAUUCUGUUGUCAGAGGUUUCUGCAGCCUGCCUCCACUGUGAAAAGACUUUGCAGCAGGAUGAUUGUAGAGUUGUCUUGGCAAAACAGGAAAUUACAAGGUUACUGGAAACAUUGCAGAAACAGCAGCAGCAGUUUACAGAAGUUGCAGAUCACAUUCAGUUGGAUGCCAGCAUCCCUGUCACUUUUACAAAGGAUAAUCGAGUUCACAUUGGACCAAAAAUGGAAAUUCGGGUCGUUACGUUAGGAUUGGAUGGUGCUGGAAAAACUACUAUCUUGUUUAAGUUAAAACAGGAUGAAUUCAUGCAGCCCAUUCCAACAAUUGGUUUUAACGUGGAAACUGUAGAAUAUAAAAAUCUAAAAUUCACUAUUUGGGAUGUAGGUGGAAAACACAAAUUAAGACCAUUGUGGAAACAUUAUUACCUCAAUACUCAAGCUGUUGUGUUUGUUGUAGAUAGCAGUCAUAGAGACAGAAUUAGUGAAGCACACAGCGAACUUGCAAAGUUGUUAACGGAAAAAGAACUCCGAGAUGCUCUGCUCCUGAUUUUUGCUAACAAACAGGAUGUUGCUGGAGCACUGUCAGUAGAAGAAAUCACUGAACUACUCAGUCUCCAUAAAUUAUGCUGUGGCCGUAGCUGGUAUAUUCAGGGCUGUGAUGCUCGAAGUGUUUUUCAGAUAAUAUGUGACCAAUAUACUGGGAAAGAGGUAGUCACAGAGAAAGGGUAAAAGGUCAUGCUGUUACAGGUGUAGUUUGUGUGCAUAAAUAAUACUUCCGAAUUAAAUUAUUUAAUAUUUGACUGAUUUCAAUAACUGUGAAAAAUAAAAAAGGUGUUGUAUUGCUUGUGAGAACUUGAACUGUUUACUAGUUAAUUGAAGAAAAAGUGUAACACUAAGGUGAACUUGCUUCCCUUUUCACUAAUUUUGCUAAACUUUGUAAUGCACAUUCUUAGCAUAUAACUGAACACAAUUUAAAAAUUGUGCCUGAUUAUAAUGUAUGUAUAAUGGUAGGUGUUUGUGUGUGAUUCAUUUUUAAAGAAAUAUUUUUCUCAAGCUCCUGUUACUAUUUGUGGUUGUAUUAUUUCACUAAUCAUUAGUUAAGACUGUGCUAGUCUUCCCUGGGAAACUAAGAAGAGAGCUUUUUUAUAUACAGUAUAUUAGAAUUUUCCUAGUAGCUGAAUUUCUGUAUUAGGUCUAAAUAUUACUGUAUGUUAUAUAAAGCAGGUAUGUCAAGUGUAUAGCCGUAGUCUAUAAUUCAGGAAUGCUUUAUAACCAUCAGAAGCCAUUAUUUGCACUACAUAUAUGAUAAGUAUAGACAGCAAUAAAAUGUUAAGAUCAUU